AUGGAAAUUCAUUUGUCCUUAUCUUCGAUUAAGAUCACCAAGGCAGUUGGCCCAGACAAUAUCCCGAACAAGCUGCCGAAGGAUUUUGCCAAUGAAUUAACACCGUCAAUUAUGGAUAUUUAUAACCAAUCACUAAGAGAAAGCUAUAUUCCAUCAAUGCUCAAAUCCUCAAUUGUCAACCCUAUCCCAAAAAGCUCCAUACCUAAAGAUAUAGAAAGUGACCUCAGACCUAUUUCUCUAACCUGUACCUUAGCAAAAAUUAUGGAAGGCUUUACCUGUACACGAUUACUAUCUUACCUGGUUGAGAAAAUGGAUGAUAGACAAUAUGCCAGUAGGGGCCACUCAAGCAGAAUUGAUGGAGUUUUAUCUGAAUGGAAACUUCUCAGAGGGGGGAUUCCACAAGGAACCAAGUUAGGUGUUAUUCUUUUCAACAUAAUGACUUAUUGCUAG